AUGAAGGGUCCUCUUCUUCUUCAACCCCAUGACUUCUCAAAACCCCGAAACAAGAAGACCCACAAUAAUGCCAAAGCCGAAAAGCUAGAUACUGUGCUGGCUGGGAAGUUAGUUGGCAUUAGAGGCGAUAAAGCAAUCAAGCAAAUUGUCCAAAGCAUUGAAAGGCUUGGACCAAACCAGAAAACAGAUGAAACCCAGAAAGGUUUUGGGGAAUUUAGAAUUUGGGAUUCCUUGGAGGGACUUGGGCAAAAUGAAAAAUGGGAUGAAACCCACAAAGAUUUUGUGGAGUUUGGAAUUGGUGGUUGCUUGGAGGAACGCAGUAAUUGGAAUAUGGGAGAAUAA